AUGUUUAUUCAAGAAUUUGAUGGGUUUUUGUCUGUAAUGUGUGCUUUGAGAGAUAAAUUUUAUUCGGGAGGGCAAGACUUUGUUUGUCUUGUUAAGGAUGCUUUUAAACUAAUUGACCAGGACGAGAAUGGAUUUAUAGACUGUUGCGUUCUAUGCCCUUCAAGCGCGGCUUCUACAAGUCGUCCACGAAAACGACCUGCACUUUCCUCUCCGCCUUAUGAAGUGGAAAAUGAUUUGCGCCUUAAAGACGCCGAGAUUGAAAGCCUUAAUCUUCAAUUACAACAAAAGAAAGAAGAUUUAGAACGUGAGAAGAAAUUUCAUGAAGAGUGGAAGAAUCGUUAUGAUGAGGAGAGGAAGCGUUAUGAACAUCUGUUGGAGAAAUAUACUAAUCUGGUUGACAAGGCUUUGGACAAAUCGGACAAACUCAACGAGAGCUUGCUUUCCCGAACUUCUUUGGAUCAAACAACUAAUCAACAACAACCGACAGAAGAUCUCGGUGAACGGCAAGCUUUUCAAAAUAUAUUUGGUGAUAUCGAACGUGAACUUGAUGCUUCACAACAAAGUUCUGGUUUUGGUGGUGCCUUUCCUCAACAACAUUCUACAUCUGACACUCAAAUGAAUCCAGGUGUCAGUGGUACAACGUAUCAGUCAUUCCCUGGACAAGGAGAUAACAAUUAA